AUGAAAUCACUAUCCUGGGAAGAAAGGGGCAUACGUGUUGAUGGAAGAUUUCUUUCGAACCUUCGUUUCGCGGACGACAUCGUUCUCUUUUCGAGCAGCACCAAUGAAGCAGAAACGAUGCUCAACGAAUUGAACGAAGCAGGGAAGAGAAUAGGACUACGAAUAAACAGAAAGAAGACACAGUUCAUGAAGAACGCGCACUGCGAGGACGGAGGAGUACAACUUGAAGGCUCCCAAAUCGUGGAAACUCCGUCAUACGUAUACCUCGGACGUUCUAUGAACAUGGAAAACGACUUGAAGGAAGAACUGAAUAGAAGAAUGAGAGCAGCAUGGGCAGCAUUCGCAGCCGUCAGGGAAGCUACGGAACAACUGACGGACCAUGAUCUUCGUGCCCAUCUGUUCGACUCGACAGUCCUUCCAGCGCUCUGUUACGCAGCGGAGACGUGGGCAGACACCGCGGCCACGUCUAGGAAGCUACUUACUACCCACAGAGCCCUUGAGAGAUGUCUCCUGAAGUUUAACCGGCGCACACAACACCUUGCCGGUCUUCGUAGCUCCGACUUAAGAGGAAUGUCCCGUCUUCGCGACCCAGCGGAAUAUGUAUCGAAAGCAAAACAUAGAUGGGCCGGUCAUAUCAUGAGAAGAAUCGACGAUAGAUGGACUAAAAGAACGCUAGAGUGGAUCCCAAGGGACGCCAAACGCCCCCGAGGGAGACCGCCAACGAGAUGGAGUGACGUGUUCGCUGCACGGAUGGACCAGCUGAGAGCUCAGCUGGAUACGGCUCAAGGACCUCGUCAACGUCACUCACGAAGCUUGAGAACAUCUUGGAUGACAAUGGCGAGGGAACGAAACGAGUGGAAGAGAUGCUGGGGCCCGCACGUCGAGUGA